AUGUUUUUUAAGGUCCAACUUACGGUGCUGUCUGCUCAAACCCAGCAUACCAAGGUGCUAGAUUUGAUGAAGAAGUUCACAAUGGCAGCAGCCAAGAUUCUAAAUACGAUGAAACCGUUGAUCGACGCUGGUGCUAAGUUUCAGAGUGUUGCGGUUAUAAAGGAAACAUUUAGUCACAUCAUGAAAAUUACUGAGGAAAUGAAAACAGAGACAAAAACUACCCAGCUACGCUAUAUGGAAAUUCAACACGAAAUACAGAAACAGAUUGCCAAGAGGAAUGAAGAGUUAGCUAGAGAGAAGAAAGAGAUGGAAAAGCAACUGGCGAAACUAGAUAAAGAAAACCGGGAAAAAGACGAAGUGUUGAUUGAUCCGAAAUCAAAAAGAAACAUAUGGACGACACAAGCAGCACGCCUAGCACACAUUAGAGACAGAGGCGCAGUCGUCGGCGCAGGCACAAUCGCAGCCUUACCCUUUGGAUUUACUGCCGGCGGAAUGGCUGCCGGCGGAAUGGCACUCGGUGGAGUGUUUCCCGCCGGCGGAAUCACAAGCUUAUUUGGCUUAUUUCAAACUGGAGUCACAGACAGAUACUUGUCAACAGCUGCUGAGCAAGUGAUCAGUGAAAAACAAGAUGAGAUUCGUCAGUUGCAUGAACAACGUAAAAAAGUCCUAAAACAAUUAUCAACACUCAAGAAACUUAAAAUGAAAACAGAAAGUUUGAGAGAAGCGCAUGCGCAGCUUGGAAAUGUUGACAAGCACUUCACAAGAAGUAUUGAGUUCUGGUCCAAUAUGGCGGCUGCCUUGAAAGCUUUGCGGGACGAAUCAACGCCUGGAAGUGUUUUUGUUUCUCAAAUAGUAAACCCUAAACUUGCGAAGAAGUUUACAAUUUCUAUUGGCCGAGCGCAAAAGGAUUUCAAGUUUAUUGAAGAUAUUUGUAGCGAUUACGUGCAAAAGAGUGUGAAGGAAAUCUUCACCCUGUACAAGUUCCUUUUAGUACCAAUAGACAGUGUGGCAUUUGCACAACACGGAUACCCCUAGCGCCGGCGUCGGCGUAGGCGUCGUGUGUAGACACCAUGUUAACGCUUUUCAGCAACCUCAUAUCUCAGUUAUUACUCAUUACUGCUAAAUGAACCUUUAUAAAUAUACAUGAUAAUACCAACUGAUUGACAUAGGUUCCAUAUCCACCAUUGCUUUCAUUUUGAUGAAAGUAUUUCAUAAUUCUUUUCAUACCGAAGAAUAUUCCUCCGGCCAAUAAUCGAUAGCGGUCAGAUUUUCUAUAUAGAAAUAAGAAGUUUUACUUAAUAACAAAAAUACUAAAACUAGGAAUCCUUAGGUACAAACAAAUUAUCCAUGCUCAACAAUUUGAGUCAUCACACGCUAUUUUUAAAAUAAAUUUUAUCUUAAAUUUUGAUUGACCCACGCGACGAUUUUAAUGCCAUCAUUUUGUCAUUCUUUUUCUUCUAUGUUCUAUAUAAAAUGUGUAAAAAUCACAUAUAUGCGUUUGUUUAAAGCACUUUUUAUAUUGUCAUAUUAUGCUUGCGAUUAUCCAUGAGAUGGUAUCUCGGUAAGUAUACAUCACAACUAAAUAAAACUUUACACAUUC